GAGACGGGACUGCUCGGGCUACCCGUCUCUCCCUCGUCGCUCUCCGCUCCCCGCUGCUCCUCUCUAUGGUGCGGGGCGGUGCGGUCACGUGGCGCGGGCAGGCCGGAAGGAGCCGGGCAGCGGCGGCUAAAUGAAGCGGGGUCGGAGGGGCGGUGCGGGGGUGGACGGGUCCGGUGAGUGUCGGUCGUGGGGUCCCCGCGGGCUGUGGCGCGGUUUCCGCGUCCCGGGCGGUGCUCGGGGGAAGAACGGCGGUAGCUAGGCGGCGGGGGUAGGGCCUCGUUCUGGCCGCUGAGGCUCCUCGCCUCGUCCCCUGGGCCUCGCCUGCCCCCUCGGCGGGGGGUUCGGUCGCUGUCCCCGGCUGGGGUCCUGCCCCGCCUGUCCCUCCCUCAGGGCCGGGGUCCCCCCGCUCUGGGCCGGGUCCUUCCUCCCCCCUUCCCCUCAGGGCCCGGUUCUUCCCCUCGCUCAGGGCCGGGGUCGCCCCGCUCCGGUCCCUUCUCCCCCUCCCUGGGCCGGCCGCGCUCCCUUCCCCGUGGGGUCGGGGGCCGGUUCCCCUGAGGCCCUCAGCCGCCCUCCCGGCCCUGGGGUCCUGCCGUAGUCCCGUGCGUGUCCCCCAGUAGGAGGUGAGGAGGGCGGGGGGCACCCAGGUGCAAUUUCCCGGCGCUGCUCUCCGUGGGCUCCCUGCACCGGCUCGUUUCAGGUACCCGCGGCCGUGUGUUCGUGCGCAGGAAGAAAAAUAGCGUCGGUUCCGGAGCUGGUGGGGGAAGGCGGAUCUAAGCUUGUUCUUUGCUUCUGACCCUCGUCUUGUUGUGGAAACACUGGGUGCCGUUGGGACAUCUUGACAUUUCAGGCAUCUGCUUGUGGGAGCUGCUGCAGGAAAGAAACCCAAAACACAGCUGUCCUUGGAGUUGAGGGAUCUGUUUCCUCAUGCAAGCCUGACUGCCAUGCUUGGGCACUGACGCUUUCAGGUACAGCUGUUUAAAAUGGCGGAGAGAGAUGGAAAUGAAGAAGUAAUUAACUUGAACAGCUUCCGUAGUCACAGAGGGAAAGACUGGAUAAACCGCAGGGACGAAGGUCUCAUCACGAUAUCAGAUUCCUCGGAUGAAGAAUUACCUUUGCUGGAAACGCCAACACAGCAGCAGCGUGAGGAAGAUGACGAUGAUGUAGUCAUCUUGGCAGAGACCCCAAAGAAUCAGCAGCUUCUGCGUCCCAAUGUCAUCAGACCUGCUGCUCAAUGGCAGGGUGCAAAUCCUGUGGGAGAAGGAGGAUCUAAAAGUGCUGUCGUGCCCCUGAGGAGCGUGUAUCUGCAAGAUGAGAACUCAACUCUGCUGUGCCAGGGAGACCGGUAUAAUCACGUGGUGGAGAGCAGUGCUGGACCAAGCAGGGAUGAGAAUAUGAACUUUGCCUUGCAGCAGCCUGGACCAUCUGAGCUUAAUGGCCCCAGGUUUGAACUUACAAGUAACCAGGAGCCUGGCCCGAGUUUGCUUCCAGCGAUACAGAUGAGUCCACAGCCUGUUGUUAACAGAGAAAUCAAUAGUCUGGAGAAAGCAGACCUUCCACCACAACAGGAGGAAAAGGUGGAAGCCCAGGGAUGGCAAGGAGAAGACUUGGAGCCAGAGCAAAACCUUGGAGGAACAGCUGUUGCAACCACCACAGACCAGGAGAUCCACAAGAACAGCCAGCUGGAUCACCCAUACUUCCAGCUGUUGGAAGGUGAGCCACAUGCUGUAGUAAAUGGUUGUGCUCCUCAGCAAGGGCAGCCUGAAGCAGACCCAGGAUCUUUGAGGGCAUAUGGAGAGGAGGCUCCCGGGCCAGCCUUCCCCCGACCUGAACCACAGCAGGAUGGGAUUCCAGGUCCUGCUUCGCCCCAGCUGGCGCAUCCACCAGAAGAAACGGGUCAGCAGGCAGCGAUAGACAAUGAACAGCCAGGUCCGGCGUUCCCUGCAGAGGGCUCUCAUGAACUUGGCUCUAGUAAUGUGCCAGAACAAGAUGCUGCUGGGCAGGACCAAGACCUCACCGCGCUGCUCAUCAGAGAGACAGAAGCAAGAUUCCCAGAUGUGAAGAAGGAAUAUAUUGAAGAGCUAAUCAGCAUCAAGAACUGCUAUGACUUAAAUGUACUCUGUAACUUUCUUCUGGAAAAUCCAGAUUACCCAAAGAAGGAAGGCAGAGUGGUUUUAAAUCCCAGCAGCAGCCUGCUUGCCAGCCAAGAUGAGACAAAGGUGCCUAAAGUGGACUACUUCAACUUUUCCAAACUUGCCCCACUUGAUCAGCGGUGCUUUAUCCAGGCAGCUGACCUCCUUAUGGCAGACUUCAAAAUGCUGAGCAGCCAAGACAUUAAGUGGGCACUACAUGAACUCAAGGGACACUAUGCAAUCACGCGAAAGGCCUUUUCAGAUGCUAUCAAAAAAUGGCAGGAGCUGUCUCCUGAAACUAGUGGGAAACGAAAAAGGAGGAAAGAAAUGAAUCAGUAUUCAUAUAUAGACUUCAAAUUUGAGCAAGGGGAUGUGAAAAUUGAGAAGCGCAUGUUCUUCCUGGAGAAUAAGAGACGGCACUGGAGGUCCUAUGACAAGCUCUCCCUUCUGCCACCAGUGCUACUGGAGCAGGAAUUCUAUGAGCAGAAAGUUAAAGAGAUGGCAGAGCAUGCAGACUUUCUCCUUGCUCUGCAGAUGAAUGAGGAGCAGUAUCAGAAGGAUGGUCAGAUGAUAGAGUGCCGCUGCUGUUAUGGGGAGUUUGCGUUUGAAGAGCUAACUCAGUGUGCAGAUGGUCACUUGUUCUGCAAGGAGUGCCUAAUUAAAUAUGCUCAGGAGGCAGUCUUUGGCUCUGGGAAGUCAGAGCUCAGCUGCAUGGAAGGCAGUUGCACGUGUUCGUUCCCCACCAGCGAGCUGGAGAAGGUGCUUCCAGAGAACAUUCUCUGUAAAUACUAUGAGCGGAAAGCUGAGGAGGAGGUGGCUGCUGCCUGUGCAGACGAGCUUGUCAGGUGUCCGUUCUGUAACUUCCCAGCUCUACUGGACAAUGAUGUGAAGCGGUUCAGCUGCCCUAAUCCCCGCUGCAGAAAGGAAACAUGUCGGAAGUGCCAGGGGCUGUGGAAGGAGCACAUGAACCUCACCUGUGAGCAGCUGGCUGAGAAGGAUGACAUCAAAUACAGGACGUCCAUAGAAGAGAAAAUGACAGCCGCCCGAAUUAGGAAAUGCCACAAGUGUGGGACUGGCCUAAUUAAAUCGGAGGGUUGCAACCGCAUGUCCUGCCGUUGCGGUGCUCAGAUGUGCUACCUCUGCCGGGCUGCCAUUAACGGGUACGACCACUUCUGCCAACACCCCCGGUCGCCCGGGGCUCCCUGCCAGGACUGUGCAAAGUGCUCUCUCUGGACAGACCCCACAGAAGAUGAUGAGAAGAUAAUUCAGGAGAUUCAGAAAGAGGCUGAAGAGGAGCAAAGGAAGAAAAAUGGAGAGAACAGCUUCAAGCGGAUCGGCCCUCCUGCAGAAAAGCCCAUGGAGAAAAUCCAGAGAAUUGAAGUCAUCCCCAGACCUGUUCCUCAGAACCUCCAUCAACCCCGGAUGCCCCCUUACCCCUUUGUGCACCCUCCCUUCCCGCUCCCUCCUGUCCGUCCCAUGUACAAUAACAUCCCCCUCAACAUCGGCCCUAUCCCUGCCCCCUACGUCCCCCCGUUACCUAACAUGAGGGUGAACUAUGAUUUUCCCCAGAUCAAUGUUCAGCUGGAGCACAACUUGCCUAUGCACUUUGGCCCUCAGCCUCGACACCGGUUCUGACCUGGUUCAAACAGCACUUGGUGUAAGAGUCACUGCAGGGCGCAGCCACCCCAGUAACGUCACCCCCCCUUCCUGCUCCAGCCCCUUGGUUGGGUUAGCCAGCUGCAAGGGGACCUGCUCUGACUCACGCGUACCUGCACUGCACCCCUCUUUAGAGCGUCUCUGAACCUUUGCAGUCAAACAUUUCAGCCUGUGCCACAACAGGGCUUGGUGCUGCGCUUCCAGGGGUCUCUCCCUACGUUGGCAUCCAGAUAUUUUGAUUUGGCAAAGCCUGUUCAGGCAGCUGCUGGGAAGGAAAGUGAGACUUUGUGGAGCGCAGGGAUGCAGCCGUUCCUCGGGGACUUUCCAAAAAUCCUACCUUCCUGCUGGCCAGAGCAGCUGCUGCACAGUCAAGUGAGUCUUGGGGGAAGGGAGGAGAGACUUGGCAUCUGAGUAAAACCUUCAGAAACACGACAAUGGGAGUCAGCUGCCCCAGCCUUCUGCCUGCGGAGAGGCACGAGGCUGGGGUUCCCAUGUUCUCCAGCAUUGCUGUAACCUGCUAGCACCUCCCAGCAGAAAUAAAUUGUUGAAAACCAUGUCAAUCUAGUGUUUUUAGCCUUUCUCGCUCUACAAGUGGAGUGAGGAGAUGCAGCAACCAUCUCGUUGCUGAGAUCUCAGUAAGAAGCCCAGAGCCAUGUUCUGUCUCUGGCUUUAGCAAGUAGCAGAAGACUCAGGCACCCAAAUCUUUGGCUGAACUGAACUCGCCCCCUUUAAAGGGCUCAGGUUUUUCUCCUGCAGAGGUGGGUGCCUCUCAGUUUCCAAAACGUGGCCUUUGCUUUGCUGUUCUCAUCUGGCAUCCCAAAUCCCCCCCCUGCUUCUGGCAGCAGUCCUCAAACAGCUGGUAGAAGCACCUGGAGCCUAAGCUGCACCCUUCGGUGCAAAAACUGCUUGGGCAAAUACCCGGUUGGAUGCGUAGGCAGUGGUGUGAUGUGUGCUGUGGCAGGAAAAUUAGGAACUACCAGCGUAGUCGUGCAUGCGGGUGGUGGUGAGCCGGGAGCCCCCCUUAGCUGAGCCCCUGCAACUGAAUGGGCAGCUGUAGCCUUGUGUGCAGGAAGCUGGCCGCUUCUGCGGCGCUUAAUAACCUCUGAAAAUGUGUGUUUCAGCUUAAUUGGCUUCGGAAAAGCGUGUUAGAAGGCAAACGUGAGUAUUGCUGGGCUUAGGAAGUGAGGGUUUAGGAAAAGCAAAACGUCCUCAUAAGAAGCAGAGGGUGUAGUUGCUGGGCUGCGGGAGGAGUGCUGGCACAAAGCCCUUUCCCCACAGCCCUUGGCUGUGCUGUCUGGUCCAGGCCCCCUUCAGAAAAGAAAAUGGUUAGAGUGGAAAAACCCCUCCUCCCAGAAAUGCUGGGCUAGCUUUUACAGCCCGGUUGUGCUGGCGUGGUUUGAUCUGGGCAGCAUCCUGCUCCAUCCUGCUGGGAACGUGCUGGAUGCACUUCCCCUCCCCACAGUUCCCCCUGGGAUUUGAGCAUCUAGGUGUCUUUUGGUUUAUUUUAUUAUUUUUUUUUUCAGGUAAAAAUCCCUGCCUUUGUCUUACAGCUUCUGCCAAACCUCUGCUUCCAGCUCUCUGUAACAACUCCCGGCACAGCGUCUCCUCGGGUGUGCAGCGAGCGAUGGGGCUGUUGGUGGGAUGCCCCUGGGGAGAGGCAGCCUCCACCAUGGCCCAGAACAGCAUCUGGGGCCCGUGGUCCCCAGGAGGGCCUCCCAGAGGGGACUUCCAUGCUUUUUGGAGCUGAGUCAGCAAUUUCUUCACUCUUGGGCAUUGCCUACGGGUUGGAUGUACCCUGCGGAGUGCUCUGUUCCAGCUCCACAGUGCCGUGGUCUCUCUAGCAUUACUAACCAAGUGGUAUUCCCUUGCUGCUAUCUUUUUUUUUUUUAUUUUAAUUUAUUUCUGGAAGUAGUCUGGGGGCUGCAGGAGCUUACCGCUUGCUGCUCAACUGGGUUUUAGCCAGGUUUAAACCCCAGCUUGCAGUGAGCGAUUCCUGCGGUAGCCAGGAGCAGGGUGUCCCGUUGGGUUUGGGAAGGGCUGCGUUCACAGUGUUAGCGGGCAGCGAGAAAAUGGACCUGGGUCAGAGCAAGCACGAGUGGCUUCCCCUUGCAGAAAGGGAGUCCUGGGGCUUUAAUAGCCGAGAUCUUAUGGGCUCAAGAGCCGGCUUGGAUGAGCCCUCCAGGCUUUGUGAAGCGUGUGCCUUUCCCUGGCAGGGUGGUCACGGUGCUUCUCCAGCACCCGCCUGUGCAAAGGGGGGUCGGGCAGCCGGGGCACAGCUUAGCUGCGGAAUUGGUGGCCCAAACCACGAAGGAAAUGUGACGUGUCACACAGUGCUACGUGACUGGGAGCACUAAUAAAAAAUUAUGGUCUAAUCCCAUUUUUUUUUGUGCAUGUCUAGAGAUGCACGGGUGUCAGGAACUGAGCCUUGGCAGAGGGAAGUGCAGGGAUGGAGCGAGAGGGACGGAGAAGCGUCGGGCAGCGGUGGCAAGGGGAGGCUGGCGUCCGUGGUCUGUCCUGCUUAGGGUGUGAGUGUCUUCAGCGGUCACGGUCCUGGAGGAGCCUGGCAGAGGCAGGGGGAGAGAGGACCGCUGUCCCGCGUCCCCUGCAAACCGUGAGCUUAUUUGUGUCCGAGAGAAGAGAAACGGGUGCUUGGUCCAUGGUGGGGAGGUGUACCGUGCCCAGCAGCCCUGAGCUGGGCUCAGCCCUCUGCCCGGCCCUGGGGCGACGCUGGGCUCCUGGCGCUGCUUCACCGAAAAUCACUCCGCAGCCGAAGCGCGUGGCUACUCUUCCCCUCUAACCGAGAGACCUCGAGCGUUGUGGUUUCCGAUCGAGCUAUCCCCGAUCUGGGCUCUAACCCCUGCAUCCCGUUCUCCCCCCCGCCCCGCCGUCCUUGAAACCAUUUGUCUUUUAAAAGGCGUCAGGGAGGCUGCUGUGCCAGGCUGAUCCCGUAACAGGUACUUCGUAUGGUUAAUUGCAGUGUCCCAAUUUAUUUGCCUUAAAGGUGGAGAGAAAAACUUAGUAUUUGCACUUAGCAAAACAUUAUAUUAAAAGAAAGAAACCCUGUAAAGAUGUGCAUGUUCUGCAACUUUGUAUAACAAUAGCUGAAAAUAAAAUAGGUGGUUUAUUAAAAAAAAAAAAAAGAAACAAAAAAUAUUUUUCUUUACCUUCUGGUAGUAAACUGUUCUAAUAUUCUGUGUGUAAAAAGUUUCUGUAUUAUAUUGUAAUUUGAAUUUUUGUAAAUAAAUUUGUGCACUC